GAAACAUCAUCCGCGCAGUAUAUAUUGCAGCAAUAUACAGCAGCCUCGGGUGGACAGAAGCUUCAAAACUCCAUCCACAAUGCAUAUGCCAUGGGUAGGGUUAGGAUGAUGGCUUCUGAGUUCGAGACAGCUAACAAAGUCACAAGGAGCAAAAAUUCAUCCAAGGCCUCGGAGUCAGGCGGGUUUGUUCUCUGGCAAAUGAAUCCAGAUAUGUGGUAUGUGGAGCUUGCACUUGGUGGCAGCAAGGUUCAUGCUGGCUGCAAUGGGAAGCUUGUGUGGAGGCAUACACCCUGGCUGGGUGCACAUGCUGCUAAAGGUCCUGUUAGACCAUUGCGCCGAGCACUUCAGGGUCUUGAUCCAAGGACCACUGCUAGCAUGUUUGCCAAUGCAAGAUGCAUAGGGGAGAAAAAAGUCAAUGAAGAAGAUUGCUUCAUCCUCAAGCUUUGUGCGGAUCCUGCUACACUGAAGGCCAGGAGUGAAGGACCGGCAGAGAUCAUAAGACAUGUUUUGUUUGGCUACUUCAGUCAGAAAACCGGCCUUCUUGUUCACUUGGAAGACUCUCAUUUAACACGAAUUCAGAACAAUGGGGGUGAUGCUGUGUACUGGGAAACUACAAUCAACUCAUUCCUUGAUGAUUAUAAGCCUGUAGAAGGAAUAAUGAUUGCUCAUUCUGGACGUUCUGUGGUAUCACUUUUCCGAUUCGGAGACACAGCAAUGAGCCACACUAGAACCAGGAUGGAAGAAGCAUGGGCAAUUGAGGAAGUGGCAUUUAAUGUUCCUGGCCUGUCACCUGACUGCUUCAUUCCUCCUGCUGAACUGAGAUUUAAUUCUAUC